UAUCAUGGCGGCUCCCUUGGCCCUGGUGCUGGUGGUGGCUGUGACUGUGCGGGCGGCCUUGUUCCGCUCCAGUCUGGCCGAGUUCAUCUCCGAGCGGGUGGAGGUGGUGUCCCCACUGAGCUCUUGGAAGAGAGUGGUUGAAGGCCUCUCACUGUUGGACUUGGGAGUGUCUCCAUAUUCAGGAGCAGUAUUUCAUGAAACUCCAUUAAUAAUAUACCUCUUUCAUUUCCUGAUUGACUAUGCUGAAUUGGUAUUUAUGAUAACUGAUGCACUCACUGCCAUUGCCCUGUAUUUUGCAAUCCAGGACUUCAAUAAAGUUGUGUUUAAAAAGCAGAAACUCCUCCUUGAACUAGACCAGUAUGCCCCAGAUGUGGCCGAACUCAUCCGAACGCCAAUGGAAAUGCGUUACAUCCCUCUGAAAGUGGCCCUGUUCUAUCUCUUAAAUCCCUACACGAUCUUAUCUUGUGUUGCCAAGUCUACCUGCGCCAUCAACAAUACCCUCAUUGCUUUCUUCAUUCUGACCACGAUAAAAGGUAGUGCCUUCCUCAGUGCUAUUUUUCUUGCCUUAGCGACAUACCAGUCUCUGUACCCACUCACCUUGUUUGUCCCAGGACUCCUUUAUCUCCUCCAGCGGGAGUACAUACCUGUGAAAGUAAAGAGCAGAGCCUUCUGGAUCUUCUCUUGGGAGUAUGCCAUGAUGUACGUGGGAAGCCUAGUGGUAAUCAUUUGCCUCUCCUUCUUCCUUCUCAGCUCUUGGGAUUUCAUCCCCGCAGUCUACGGCUUCAUACUUUCUGUGCCAGACCUCACUCCAAACAUCGGUCUUUUUUGGUACUUCUUCGCGGAGAUGUUUGAGCACUUCAGCCUCUUCUUCGUGUGUGUGUUUCAGAUCAACGUCUUCUUCUACACGAUCCCCUUAGCCAUAAAGCUGAAGGAGCAUCCUAUCUUCUUCAUGUUCAUCCAGAUUGCCAUCAUCUCCAUCUUCAAGUCCUACCCAACAGUGGGGGAUGUGGCCCUCUAUAUGGCCUUCUUCCCCGUGUGGAACCAUCUCUACAGAUUCCUGCGGAACAUCUUUGUCCUCGGCUGCAUCAUCAUUGUCUGCUCCCUGCUCUUCCCGGUCCUGUGGCACCUCUGGAUUUACGCAGGGAGUGCCAACUCCAAUUUCUUCUAUGCCAUCACACUGACCUUCAACGUUGGGCAGAUCCUGCUGAUUUCUGACUACUUCUAUGCCUUCCUGCGGCGAGAGUACUACCUCACUCAUGGUCUCUACCUGACGGCCAAGGACGGCACAGAGGCCAUGCUUGUGCUCAAGUAGGCCAGGCCGGGCACAGGGCUGCACGGACUUCAGGGGGUGGACCGGACCGGCCAGAAGCUGGGCCAAGCCCUCGAGCCGGAAUUGCCAGCAGGCAAGUCCUCAGGCAGAUGAGGUUCAAGUCCAGGGUCACAAUCUUGGCACCAGAGGAGAGCCGCGGCCGGCAGGCCUGUGGGGCUCUGCCAGGCGCACCUCCACUUGGACCCACGGGAGCCGGCUCUGCGCACAAAGGAGCCCCUCCCGGACAGGAGAGGGGAGGAAGCAGGGAGCAGGGUUUGUUAGGCUGUUGACUUAAUAAAUUUUUUUUGGUAUGAAGUCUACCCUGGGCCCACACUGCACUCCUGGAAGGUGUGGGCCCCUGAUACCACCGUGGUAUACGACACAGGGUGUGGGUUUCCAGAAUGAACCCACGUCCGCAGAACCAGUGUGCAUGGUGAGCCGAGAUGGCGGGGGACAGCCACCAGCAGCCCUCCCACCCCCCAAGCAGCUGGAGGCAGACUGGCCUGAGCAAUCUUUAUUCUGCAGAGGGACAGUGACCACAGAUCCAUACACCAUGUCAGACAGGUGAGCCAGGGGCCAGUCCUUCAAGGGUGGGUGGUUCCAGGCAGGAAGCAGAGCCUCGGGCGGGGGAGGGGCAGACAGGCAGGGGCCUAAAGUAAAAAAGACAAACCAGACAGAGCAGGGGUGGCGGGGCUGCCCCCCACCGUCCCUCAGCCAGCACCCAGAGGGGCAGCCCUAACAUGGCAGGCCCAGGUCCGCGGAGCAGAGGCGGAGCGGUUGGCGGCCCCUAAGGGGUAGCAUCCCCGCCCGCCCGCCCCCAGGGGCAGAGGAAGCUCCGUUCGGGAGCCGGGAGCCCCCUGGGCAGGGCCUGGCGGGGCCUCCCUCUGCCCUCCCAACCCCUCCCCCUACUGCUGGCUCAGAAGCCGAAGGUUUCCUGCGAGGCGUAGACCAUGUAGAGGAAGCCGUCGUCGUCCUUCUCCUGCUCGUAGAUGUCCGCGAUGGGCGUGGACACGCUCACCAUGCUGUGCUGGUUCACCAGCAGGAAGAAGGCCUGCGUGGGGUUCAGCUGCAGGCGGCGCCUGGCGGGCAGGAGGGCGACAGUGAGGGGCUUGGCUCCCUCCCCAACGAUCCCCUGACUCCACACCCAUCCCUGACCUUGAACUUUCCCAUCCUCGCAGAGGAGGGACCCAGUGCCCAUCCUAUGGCCACUCCCACUCAGGAGGCCCGGCCCGGCCCCGCAGGACUCCAGCCCCCUCUGAGGACGGCUGCCCGCGCACCGGAUGAUCUUGACCAACUCGCUCAUGUUGACGUGGUCGGGGACCAGGAACUUGGUCUUGUCCAGGACGGGCAGCUGCUUCUCGCCCUUGUAGCGCUCGAUGAUCACCUGGGACGGGGGCGGGCCGUGAGCGGGCGGGGCGGGGCGGGCUGGCGGGCGGGCGGGGACGGGGACGGGGACUCACCGGGAUCUUGCUGGGGUGCUGGUCGCGGAUCUGCUGCACCUCCUUACAGCGGUCGGCUGCGGGAGGGGGUCAGGCGGUGAGGCUGGACCUGGGUCCUCCGUGCCCUUCGCCCCGACUGUCCUCGAGGGGCGGCCCGGCCCCACCUCCCCGGAGCCCCCGCCCCCGGCCGUUUGGCAGGCCGGACCCAGGACCGGGUUGGGAGGGCCCCGGCCAGAAUCUGCCUCCCAGCUUGGGGUCCGGCGGGGAGCUGACGUCACAGGGCUGACGUCACCUUCGGCUGGAGGUUGGGUCGCGCCCCCAACUCCCCAGCCCCCCACCCCCAGAUCGCAGAUCGCAGAUCGCCCGCCAGGCCUCACCGAAGCUCCGCCGCUGCUUGAAAGGCCGGUCCGAGGGCAUCUCGCGGGCCCGGCGGGGCGCAGGCCGGGCUCCGGGCGGGGCGGUGGUGCGGUCCGGGGCGCGGGGGCUCCUCACCUCGCGCUCACGGGCUCGGGCUCACGCUGAGCCCGGCGUCCGAGGCUCCGGGAGGUAACUCGCUCGGGUGACGUCAGGUCACAACAUUCCUUAAAGGGGAGGCCGGCGCGCUGCUCCCAUUGGGCCGACGCAAAACCCGCCCGCCGGGGCCUUGACGUCAGGGCGCAGAGCCUGGAGUCCCCGCCCGCACCAGGAAGGGGCGGCUCCCGGGCGUCACAGUCGCGUGACGUCACGGCCUGCGUGGCCGCGUCCCAGGCCGGCUGUGCGGAGGCUGGGAAGCCGGGAGGCUGCCGCGGGAGCGGAGUCAGAGCUUCGCGGUGGGGAAAUCACAUCACGGUCAGGCUGCGGCUCCGCAUCCUCUCUUCCUGGCCCUGCCACUGACAGGCACACCCAGGCUGUUAGUCCAGGGCAGUGCGAGGUGCUGAGGAUGGCAGAACCAAAAAGUCUGGGGCUUUUGGUUAGAGAACGGUAAAGGCGGGUGGGCGAGAUCGAAACAUGAAAGAGCAAGUCACUAAAAAGGAACAGAGCUUUUAAAAGAAAUCCCUAGAAUUUAAAGAUAGAGCUAUUGACAUUCAAGUCUCGAUAAGGCAGGCGAGCAGAUUGCACACAGCAGAAGAGAAUCUCUGAGCUGGAGAAUAAACAAUUAACUAAGAAACAAGGGGAUAAAACGUAAAGGAGGGAGUGGAAAAGUAAAGUGAGAACUCACCUGUCCAAUCGGAAUUCCAGAAGAGAAGAAUAUAGUAGAGGCAGUGCCUUAAGAAGAGUUUCCAGAAUUGAAGACCAGGAUCCUCACAUAAAACCCAGAGCCGGAUAAAUGGGACUAAAAGCACCAGGGCAUUUCGCAGUGAAUCUGCAGAACCUGAGAGAUGGUUCAGUAGAUGGGAAAUAGUGAGCAGCUAAACGGGUAAACAUGUAAGUCAUCUAAACAAGCGCCUAAUUAGAACAUGAAUGGCGAUGAUUAAUUUGUGGAGUGCAAACAAGGAGCAUGAAACAAUAACAAGUCGGGCGAGGGGAAUCAGAGCGCAGGUGUGCUAAGAAGCUUGGUUUGUUUGAGAGGAGGAACGGGAGGAGAAUGAUAAUUGUGCAGUUUUCUAUAGUCAAACAUGUAUUUCAGACACUUAAGAAGAAUCACUAAAAGAAUAGGAAGUAUGACUUCUAAGAUAGAAAAGAGAAAAAGUUAGUAAAGGGUAUUAAAAUAUAAUGGCAGGCAGAAAAGAAGAAAAAGGGAGCAACGCAAAAAACUUAUUUAAAUGGUGCCAAACCAGAGGUAGGAAAUGUUCUACGUUCAUCCGCUAAAGCAGAGAUGAUCAAGUUGGUCAAGAAAAAUAAAAUGCAGCUUCAUGCCACUUACCAGAGGACAUUUAAGACCUCAGGGCACCAAAAGUU